UCAAGGUUGUUUUAGCUCUAAUCCCUUCAUUAUUAUUUUAAGGAAACCUGUCUAGCCAGUAUGAGCUGUUGGUUUCCCGUUUGAAGGAUUUUUUUUUUUUUUUGCAUUCACCAAGAUUUGGACAUCUGUGCUUAACACACAGUUAAAUUUUAAAGACUUUGGGAAAAUAAUUGUUAUGAUCUUACACAUAUUAAGGUCUUUUAUAGAAUAGGGAUUAUAUUAGUAUAUUGCUAGGCAUUUAGAAAUGUGUGUAUGAUUUUUAAUAUUAAAUACAUAAUAUAGUUAGGUGCACCUUAAUCAAACGGAGGUGAUCGUCCAUCUCAAAGGUAUGAAAUUCAACCAACUGCUAUCCCUAAGGGGGACUCUAAGGAUUCUAAUGAUUCUGUUAUCUCUCACGCCAAUGGAUCAUCCUAUCCAAAAACAACAGAACUUGAAGACUAGAUGACAGCACUUUUUCAGAAGAAAGAAAGACAAGUGAUGCCAAAAAAUCUUUAAUUUCUCUGUAUUGUAAUAGUGCCCGUUACUACAUUUUUCUAUAACAAUAAUGGUAAAACCAAGUAGAAGCGUCGUUUUUUGGCCAAUAAUUAAUCAUAAAAGAAAACUUUGCAAAAUCGAGUGACAUAACUUUGACAUCAACUUGUGGGAGUCGAAUUAGGAUCACAUUUAUAACGCGUCUGCAAUGAAAGGCUGGAGCUUAAGUAAGUCCUGUAACAUGGACUGAUGAUAACGUGCAGAUGUUCUUUGUUCAAUGAUGUGCUAUUAGACAAGGAAAAAGAUCGUUUGCCAUGAACGCAUUGCUCUUUAUUUUUAGAGGGUAAAACCAAAUUAGAAAUAGGGCAUGUUACUCAUCUUAUGUGCACGUGACAUGUAGGAGCGCCCGUAAAGAUCGCUGGGAGCAUUAUUUUUUAUUCGAGUUGAAGUCUUGUCGCUUUCUGACAAUUUAUGUUUGCUUUAUGGUCGUGGACUUUUUGUAUUUGGUUUGAUGCCAGGAAAAUUUAAAACAUUUGUUUGUGCAAGAGAUUUUACUUUUUUUUUUAUAAAGUAGCUAAUACCCGCUUAUUUAAGAGCUCAUGAUAUACUAUUAAUUGAUAUACUAUUAACAAAAAAUGAUAAACGGCUAGAUGAAUUGUGAUAGCAUAAUGCGUGUAACAUCCCCGCAAUAACACUUAUCUUAUAAAGAAUCAUGACUUUAUUUAGAAAAUCAUUUCCUUUGAGUAAUAAAAUGUGACUCGGUGGUUGGACGUGAGGUGUACAAAUUACAUUAACCUGAAAAAGUAAAUAAUUGUUCUUAAAGUGUAAUGCACUCUGAGAGAGUAAUGUGGCGACACGGAACUCACGAAACCUGUUUUACGGCAACUUUCAUUUCCGUCUUUAGGUUGUUUUUUUUUUUAUUGCAACUUCAUGACACACGAUUUAUGACAUGGACAAAAUUGGAACAAAUGAUGCAACGUUGUAGAAGGUCUAAACCUUUACAUAUUAAGUAAACAUGAAGCAGCCAUUAAAAUAUUCGCCAAUGUUUAUAAUUAUUUAAUGGAAAAAGACAAAAGUAAUUCCGCCGAAAGUGGGUGGUAUGGUUUGGGGUAGCCAAAUUGACUCAAAGGCUAGUACGCAGCGGAGGUUAUCAUUUGAUCGCUUUUAUACGCAAACAAUUCUCUUACGUUGAUAGAACAUUGGCCGUGAUUUCAGGUAAUAGGAGAGCAUUAAGGAGGUUAUAAAAAGCACACGACAAUCGAGGCAGCGCUUCAAAAACGGUCCAAAGAUUUGUAAAGUUGGUCUACCAAGCUUGACCCUAAGCGGAGCAUAAACUCGUGCAUGGUUUGCGGAACUUGAAGUAGAAAUUGGAGACUUUGAAUGUCUGCAAGAAUGUCUGCAAGAAUCUGAAAUAUUGUGCAUGCGACAAGACGUCUAUACGGAAGAAUAUUUGACAAAGUAAUUGGGUCGAGUAUUACUUUGGUGACAAAGUUUACGCUGUUUUAAUGGUCUAUUUACCCUAUACUUCUUCCUAUAUUUAAGUUGUCCAUAAUAACCACACUAUACAGGAAUUGGACGUCAUAUUUAAGCAUUCAUAACAUUACGCCAUCUUGUUAUUAAGUAACAAUGAAUAACUCGACAUUGGCUUCGUCACAUCUCGAGUACAGUAACUCGUUUCGCAUCGGCACUUCAGUCUUUACUGUCAUCCUCAUACUCGGAACUAUCAUGGGAAACACGUUAGUGAUCGCGUCAUUCAUCGCCUACUCCCGAAUAAGGACCGCUACUAACUUCUUCGUGGUAUCGCUGGCGUGUACAGAUCUGGGCGUGGCUCUGUUCUCCAUGCCGGUCUGGCUUGCAUAUAUACUGACCGGUCCAAUUUGGGUAUUAAACCCGGUCCUAUUCAGAGUAUGGACUGCUAUGGAUAUCCUAGUCGGCACCGCGUCGAUAGGGAACCUCGUAGCGAUCAGCCUUGAUAGAUGUCUAUGCAUAACCAAACCUCUGAUGUAUUAUCAGUACAUCACCUCGGUUCGUGUGAACUCGACUAUCGCGUGUAUCUGGGUGUACUCUGUACUCAUGGCGGUAGCGGGUUAUCUCCUAUGGCAGUACCGCAUCUUUAACUUCAUAUCCUCCAUCGUGUACUUCUGGGUUCCCUUGUUAAUCAUCAUCAGCGCGUACUCGAUUGUGUUCCGUGUUGCGUUGCGCCAGACGCGUCGCAUCAACACCACGAACAACAGUUCUCAGAUCAGGAAGACACGCGCUUCGCGGUACAGCUUCAUGAAAGAGAUGAAGGCUGCCAAGACAUUAGCAGUAGUUGUAGGAGCGUUCUUUGUGUGCUGGGCACCGUUUGUUGUUCUGAAUGCAAUCUAUAGCAUUUGUACUGGCGCCGACUGCCCGGUGCUCAAGCCUCAAAUCAUUCUUGUGGUCAAGUGGAUGCAUUACGGGAACUCGCUUAUCAAUCCGCCAAUUUACAGCUUCCUUAACAAAGACUUCAGGGUGGCCUUUAAGCAUAUCAUUUGUUGUAAUAACCUUGUGGCCACCGCGCGGAGGAUGGACCUGAUGUUUGCACGCAGUGAUGGAAGCAAGGGUGUAUCCACUCAAGAAAUAGCACAGAAUAGAACAACUGUACUGUCUUAAGCAACAAGACAGCAAAUAAUAGAAUAAUUGUUGUCUUAAGCAACAAGACAUAGCACAUAAUAAUUGACACAGUAUGAACAACUAACAAGAAAUAACACAGCAUAGGAACAACUGUUCUAUCUUCUCAGACAAAAAAGCACGGAAUAAAACUGUAUUAUGAAAGUUAAAGCUAGAGAGAAGAGGCCUGUUUUUCUGCAGUUGAUUUUGACCAAAAGUUUAUUCUUUUGCUUUCCACACUCUCUCAUAAGCUUAUGCCCUUAUAUGCAGUAGGUAUACAAUGGCAUAUUUUCUUACUUGUAGCCACGCCUUUAAUAAAAAAAAUGGAAUCAAGAGAAAAACAAGCAAGGCUUUGAUCCCUAUAAAAAGACUGGAUUGUUCUUUUAAAAUUCUGUAUCAUUCUAAUAAGAAUGUAUCUGGGGCUUAAAAUCUUGAUUAUUUUAAUUGUGAAAAAAAUAAAUGAGGGAUUUAAAAUUGAA